UUUUUAAUAUUCAGAAAGCCACUGCCCUGGCUACAACCCUUGCUUUUACUGUCCCUUUCCACUUCCGCUAUUGAUUUUCUCUGGAGCUUUCCUUACUGCACCACCAUUUCUUUUCUCUCAAACCUUUCCCCUCUUCAAAAGACCUCCUUUAAUCGGCUCCUAGGCCACCAUGAGCGCCUGGUUCAGAAAGCUCGAACACUUCUCUCAGUCGCCUUUUGACUGCUAUUCUCCCUCUUCGUCUCUUUCUCUCAGCCAAAACCUUCUUUGCAAGUCCAAGCCAUGCUUCAGUCCAUUCUUUGCUGAAGAGGAGAUGGGUUUAUCCCUGGACCUCUUCAACCCCUUCCCUUCAUCCUCUCUCUCUAUCGAGUUUCUCAAUCCUUCUAUGUAUUCCGGGUUUGAGAGCGUUACGGAUUUGCUCGAGAUCCGGAGAUCGAUCUUUGAUGGUGUCUCUGUGAGAAGGUUUCAGAGGAUCGAUUAUUUGCAGAGCUUGAGCGACCGGAUCUCUGCACUGGAGUUAGGAUUUGGCGAGCUCUGCAACGCGGACCGGAAGUAUGAAUGGACGGCUGAGAUCAAAGGGAGAGGCAGCCCUAGGCAUGAGGAGAUCGAUAGGAAGUACAAAUUGACGGCUGAGAUCAAAGGAAAUGGAAAACCUCGGCAAGAGACUGACCGGAAGUACAAAUGGACGGCUGAGAUCAAAGGGGCGCGUAAGGAAGCAGGGGGUCCUCAUGGCAAGGAGAAGGCGGGCCAUGACAGGAAGUACAAAUGGAUGGCUGAGAUCAAAGGCGGCAGUGGAUCUGCUGAUGCGUCGCACAUCUACACCUUUAAGUCGACCACGAAGCCAUUGGAGAAGAGCGGAGCUAAGCAUGAGAAGCGGGUGGAGAAAUGUGGUGGCGCACGGGUGGUGGCGGUCGAAGAUGGCGGAAGCGAUCAGAAUGCUAUUGCUCUCAGAGAGAAGAUUUUGGCGAGGAGAAGAGAAGCAGCAGCAGCAAAGGCGAAGGCGAAGGGAAAGAGAAAGGAGCUGUCGGCAGUGGAAGCGGCUGUGAUAAUACAGUCUAGUUUUAGGGCACAUCUGGUGCGUCGAUCUCGAUCCCUCCACAGCCUGAGGGCGCUGGCCGUGGCCAAAGCAAAGCUGAAGGAGAUAAGGUCCCUAUUCCUCAACUUCAGCUACCGCCGCCGCCUUGCUUCCGAUCCUGAGGAACGGCAGAGGUUCUCUGAGAAGAUCAUCGUCCUCCUCCUUACUGUGGAUGCCAUUGAGGGGUGGGAUCCCAUGGUUAGGGAGGCAAGGAGAUCGAUGGUUGAGGAGCUAGAGGCAAUGCUGGAUGUGGUGGACCCUCAGCCACAGGCUUUGGGCAAGCUCAGGCGCAGGAAGUUCGAUCUUCCAGCAUGCGGACCCAUCCAAAAGGAGAUGGCUCUGGGCAUCGCCGAGGUCGUUGAGAUGCUCGACUCCGACCCCGCCGCCGUCCAUGAUAUUACCCUGUGAGGGUUGUAUGGCUGCUAACUCGGCUGGUAGGUCCCUGAUGUUAACCUGUGAGAGUAGUAUCAGUGUUAGCUGCUGUUUUGCUUCAUCCCUUUCUCUUUCUGAUCUCUUUGUGUUAUGUUGUUUGUUUUAGAACUUGUGUCCCCUCAUCUUUUGCCCAUUUACAAACACUGCUCUUAUAUGGGAAUUAAGAAGUUUGAGUGUGGUAUUUGACGAGACUGAAGUGGUUUUUUAUUUCA